AUUUACUCAAGCUCCUCCCCUUUAUCCUACUAACCCAGCCUUCCUCUCGCUCACCUUCCCCUCCCACUUCUCUCCCUCACUGCUAGAGCCAACCAUGUGUCUCAUUCAACUCCUGCUGCACAGGUUGUGAGGGAGGAAAAGAGUGAGCGCAGGAGAGGCAACAGGGAGGAAGUCAGCAACUGUGAGACAGGAAUAAACUGAGGACAGUUCAGAGAGUCUGUUCAGUUUGAUGUUUGAGAGGAGGCAGGAGGCAGGAUAAAGAAGACAGGUUUUCAGGAGUGGGACUAGUCAUUAGUGGGUGGUUCCUCCAGGGAGGCAAAGAGAGUGAUCUUUGACAGAGACCCCUCCGCUGGGAGUCAGACCACCAGGAUCCAGAAUCAUGGACCCCUCCGUGUUGACCGAGGUCGAGGAGGAGCCCAAGGAGAGGAAGAAGAUCCACUUUGCUAUGCCAUCGUCUGCACCCACUAACCUGGACCCUCGGCAAGUGGAGAUGAUCCGGCGCAGAAGGCCCACACCUGCCACGCUGUUCAGAGUAGCUGACCAAACGUCUCCCGAGGACGAUCAGUCCACUCAUCAGGUAAAGUGGGUUGUAGGAGAGAACGGCGUGCUUAAACCAAAACGUGUCAAUCCAAACGUGUAUCAGCCUCCGUCACUCAAAGCUGUACAGAAGAUGGCUGAAGCACAUAUGCAGAAACUAGGGGUCUACCCUCCUUUGGAAGACCCUUGUGAAGGGGAGGAGGAUGAGGACCUGUUGGAGAGAGAGGAGAGAGAAGACACAUCUCCCGCCAAAGCUGCUGAUCAAAAAGAGACUGUGACCACUGAUCGGGCAGUCAAGUUUGCUGCUGUGACAGAGAUGGUCACGCAGAUCCAAGCAGCACAAGAGGAGGAAGAGGAGGAGGAGGAUGAAGAAGAGGAGGAGGAGGAGGAAGACAUGGAGGGGGGUAAAACAAGAGAGGAGAACAGUCGAAGGUGUAACUGAGAGAGAGUGGGGGGGCAAACAUUUAUGAGAAAAGAAUUGUGGGGGAGUGGAGGUGCUGUUGUUGUUGUUGUUGUUGAGAUUUGGUUAAAAUCUGCAGAAAAAAUGAAAAAUAUUAGUGAAAACGAGGAUGUGAGCGAGGAAAAAGAUUUGUGUGUUACUUCACCUGUAAAGUAAAAGGUCAGGCGGGCGAAGGAGAGCACAGAGGGGGAACUUGUGUGUUAGCACUCGGCCAAUAUGAGCAGGUGAGGAAUGAUCGACUGAAAGAGCAAAGUGCAGAUGCUACUUUGGCCCAAUGUCCCUUUGUGUUUGUGAUGAGAGUGGACGGGGGCCGAGGUGGUCAACGUGACCAACGAUCCCCCUGAGACCGUACCUCUCUGUCUCCCUCACUGCUCCUGCACAGAGCUCAGUGUUCUUCUGUGGUAAUAAUUGCCACAUACAGAUAUACUGUUUAUACAUAUAUAUAUAUACAUACAUAUAUACA